GGAAGGAAGCGAGUGUGCGCGUGGAUUGUGUGCAGACGGCGAGCUGGGAGUUGAGGCAAAAAAUUGGCGCCAUUCCUGAAGAUGCUGAAAUUAGUUUUUGGAACAGACGAAAAAUCAAAGAUGAAUUUGAGGGUGUCGUAUCAAAAGCCAUUCUUUAUUCUACCAUCAACGAAUCCAAUUUUUGUCAUCACCAGCUCCAACAUGAAAUGGCGGGAGACGAAGGAUUUCACGGUGAAGCAGAAAUAUUAAAUCUCGAUUUAUCAGGACCAGGGAAGAUAAUCGGUGAUAAAAUGCAAACUUUAGAACAGAAAAUUUUGGAAUUAUCAAGAGUUGUCGAAAGUCUGCAAACAGAGAACAAAGGGUUAAAACUGCGACUGGUACAACUGGAAACUUGCAGAUGUCUCCCUGCUUGUGAGUUUAAUGGCACCAUCUUUCAAGAUGGAGAACUAUGGGAACCUGACCAGUGCAUUCAGUGUCAGUGUUUGGAGAACAAACCAGUUUGUCAGCACAGAUUUGAUCUACCACUGUGUCAAGAGCCAUGCUCAAGCAAUCCUUGCCAAAAUAAUGGCCAGUGCAAGACAUUGGAGAUAGAUUUGGCCAUGACACAGUUCCAGUGUGAGUGUCCCCCACCGUAUGAUGGCCUGACGUGUGAGAUCAGGCAGAACCCGUGUGUCUGGCCGGCUGAACCAGGGACGUGUGACCAGCAGAUUGUCAGGUACUACUACGACAAGAUGUCACAGCAGUGCCUGCCUUUUAUGUUUUCUGGUUGUGGAGGUAACGUCAACAACUACCACAGCAUAGAAGAAUGUACAGCAGUGACUUUAAAAGGUGCUUGUUGUUACCGUACCUAUACCUCUGACACAAGUAAAAGCAUCCAGGAACUGAAUAUAGAGUGUAAGGAGGCCCACAUAUCAGAGUGUAAAGCCAUCCACAGACAACCCACAGGUGUGGGGUAUGAAACAGAAGUCAUCAGCUUCAACCCUGGUCUGACUUGCUCAGAGGCAUCAUGUCAGACGAUGGGGUCAUGCAUCGUUGGUCAGCGGGAGUACAAGCAAGGCAGCAACUUCACCCUGGGCUGUCAGGCUUGUGUUUGUGAGGCCCUUGGCAGAGUGAGAUGUGUGUGUGAAAAGGUCACUGUCAGAAAAGAAAUCCGGGACAUGACCCAGGCAGAACUGGCUAGAUUUCAAAAAGCUGUAGCAGAACUGAGACACAGCCAGGACAGGACAUGGGAACAGUUCCGGGACCUGUACAUGUUCCACAUCAUGCACGCCUCUGGGCCGUACUUCCUACCCUGGCAGAGAGCCUUCCUGCGACAGCUAGAGCAGCGGCUCCAGGAAGUGGACUGUGAGGUUGUCCUGCCCUACUUUGAUUUCACCACGGAUGUCGGAUUUUUUGAGGAUGCCGUUGUCUGGCAGCCGGAUCACUUUGGGGGGAACAGUGACGGGAGGUGUGUGGAGGACCACCCGUUUGGUGCCAGGAACAGUUGGCAGCCAUGUUUUGUCAGGAACUUUAACACCAGUAUUCAGCUGCCUACUCAGGUAGAGCUGCAGCUAGCCCUAGCCAGUGAUGACUUUGACACCAUGAGUCUGUGUCUAGAAACAUACGUGGCGUACAUCCACAACUUCAUUGGAGGAGACAUGAUGACCACAUCCAGCCCAUACGAUCCAGUUUUUUAUGCCGUCCAUGCGUACGUGGACAUGCUGUACUGGAGCUGGCAACAGAAGGGAGAUAACAAACUCAAGUUCUCCCCAGUGUUUGGCAACAUUCCCAUGAUUCCCUUCAACAUUCCACCAUCAGCUGUCCUAGACUCAGAGUCUGAUUUAUGUGUAUCAUACGUCCUGCCCUCUAAAGGUAGCCCUUGUAAUGAUUCCGAGCCUGUUCCAACAAGCCCCGCACCAAAACGUGGGGACAUGGACCCAAGUGAGGUGUAUGGAACUAACCUGGAGGAUUUCUUAAAGGCGAGGCACCCAAAAGGAAAAGCCUACAACAGAGACGGUUAUGACCACAACGGUUACGACAUGGGAGGCUAUAACCGGUAUGGUCUCAACUCAUCAGGAUACGAUCAGUUUGGCUUUAAUGUCACUGGCUUGGACAGGGAUGGCAAAGAGGACAAGAGUGGAAGAUUUGACGCAGAAGGCUAUGAUAUACACUGCUUGAAUCGUGAAGGUGUGACACGUGAAGGCCUGGACCAGUAUGGGUUCUUCAAGAAUGGACUAGACAAAGAUGGAUGUGACUUUUACUUCAAUGGUCCCUUCGCCCCUCUCCAAACCUACAAGAUCCAGUCAAUUCUUCAGGUUCAACCCAAAAGGUUUUUGAUGUCCCUGAAACGCACAUGCACGGGGCUUGCUCCACUGCCUACACAUUGGCUGGAUAUCAGCUGGGUAGUCAGCACUAAAGAUGUUACUGGUUUGGUUCCUGUUGAGCUCCCAGAAUUCCAGACUGGCAUAUCCAGCAGCUUUUGUUUUGACACGCAGCCAUUCCUGUCACCCUGCCCGUGUGCAGACGGCAUCGCUGUGUGCGAGGUUAACCCCUGUGACAACAUCACCUGCCCAGCCUUCCCUGACGCCAGGUGUUCUGUCAACUUUUGUGGGACCUGCAAACCUGUCUGGAUUCACCAAGGGAGGGAAGUCGACUGUGCCUAUACUCCUGAUCCCUGUGUCCCAAACCCAUGUAAAAAUGGAGGAACCUGCAAGCAGUCUAUCUGGCCAACUGAGCCACAUCUGACCACGUGCAGCUGUUUGCCAGAUUUUACUGGCCAGUUGUGCCAACAUAGAGUUAUCAACCCUUGUGUUUUUCCUCUAAGCACAGGGUCGUGCAGCAGUAGGGAGCCCCGCUGGUACUACAACCAACGCACUGGCCGCUGUGAAGAAUUUGUUUACCUGGGCUGUGGGGGCAACGCCAACAACUUCCAGAACAUUCUUGACUGCCAGGCUCUGUGUGUUAAAGGUGCCUGUUGCUAUAGGCAACCCAAGUUUCUGAAUUCGACCAUUGGAUUUGACAGCCAGGGGAGGGACAAAUAUGGCUUUAACAUUGAGGGCAUCAACCUGCUAGGUGAGAGAAGAACUUUGAACAACAGUUUUGCUACUGGCAGGGGUAUAUUUAACCAUGAGGGACUUGACUGGCAAGGUUAUGACAGGGACGGGUUCAACCCCAGGGUUGGCCAGGAUCGUGCGGGCUACAACAGGCAGGGCUAUGAUGAGCAGGGGUUCAACAUCACAGGCUACAGCAGCACUGGUCAGUUUGAUGGCAAUGUCCACUUCAACGCCGAUGGCUAUGAUAAAGAGGGAUACAAUAGAGCAGGGCUGUCAUGCCAGGGGACAUUCAGGAAUGGCCUUGACCUGUACCAUGUCAGUGCUGACUACACCUACAAUUGUAGCUAUGCUACCCUAGCCUGGUGCCAGGAACAGGCCAGAAAUGGCAGGGAGGUGGUGAAGUUUACAGCAGGCAAACAUUGUGCAGAGUCAGGUUGUGGUGCUUCUUGUGGCUGCCAGCACAGCAGGCAGAAGUACAGAACCUACCAGAAGGUGGAGCUGGGCUGCCAGAUGUGUACAUGUACUGAGAAGGGAAGCUGGGACUGUACAUGUGACUUUACAGUUAAAAGAAAAGAGAUUCGUCACAUGUCCAAAAAUGAGUUGAAUAGAUACCAUAAAGCUGUCCAACACCUGCUUCAAAAAACUGGCCACCCUUCUGACUGGUACAGAUUUGCUGCUCUUUAUGCUGCCCAUAAGCCUCAAGCAGUCGGUGGCCCCAUGUUCCUGCCCUGGAACCGUCAGUUCCUCCGUCAUGUGGAACAAGCCAUACAGAACAUUGACUGCAGUGUAGCUAUACCUUAUUAUGAUUGGACUGUAGAUUCUGGGAAACCUUACAAGUCAUUGAUAUGGGCUGCUAACAUUAUGGGAGGAAAUGGUGGACUGGAUGGGUGUGUGAGGUACCACCCAUUUAAAUCCUACCAUCCACCAUACCUGUUUCCGUGUCUACGGAGAAAUUUCAACACAUCUGUCAGUCUUCCGUCAGUUGUGAACAUUGAGCUGGCCCUAAGGGAGACUUCAUAUGAUAAAUUCCGGCUACACAUGGAAUAUUUCACCAGGCUUUACCAAAGCUUUGUAGGCGGCCAUUUGGAUUCUGACCUGGCCCCCUAUGACCCCUUGUUUUACUCCAUCAUGGCUUUUGUGGAUAAGUUGUGGAUUGAGUGGCAAGAGAGACAUCCAGAUGGUCUCCUUAGCUUUCCGCUGGAUGUGAGAUAUUCCAGAAUGGAGCCGUUUAAAUCUACACCAGAUGAUGUUUUUGAUUCGAGACUAAAAGUUUGUGUUGAAUAUGAUGAUGUUCCGUGCAAUGGCAGUGAUCUCCCUUUCUACGGAUAUGAUUCUAGAGGAUAUGACAGACACGGAUAUAACCGUCAGGGAUAUGACAAAGAUGGAUAUAACAUUAGUGGAUUUGAUAGUUCUGGUAACCCUGACACACGUGGGGUUUAUAACGUGUUUGGAUAUAACCGACAAGGAUUUAGCAGGUCAGGCUUUGAUUCGUCUGGUAUUGACCAGUUUGGGUUCUUUGAAGACUCCUACAACCUGGAUGACUUUGAUGCUCAAGGCUAUGAUAGGUCCGGGUUAAACCGUUAUGGAUUUAACCAGUACAUGGUUACCCCAUUCGGAUACCAAAUCAAUAGCACCUUUACAGAUGACAAUAAAACUUUUGAUGUUUAUGGAUACAAUAUAUACGGAUUCAACAAAGAAGGAUUUGAUCGAAGUGGAUUUGAUAUUUUUGGAUUUAAUUCAAAGGGUUAUGACAGGAAAACGUGCAACUUCUUCUUCAUUGGACCUUUUCAUAUCUUAGUAAAGCACUAUGUGUUCAAGUCAUUGAAGGAUCUAAAUAUAACCAUCAUAACUAGGAUUAAAAGAGUUUGUCAGCCGUUGAGUCCCCCCUAUGAACAUAUCAUACACCAGUACUGGCUGGACCGCUAUUACCAGAGAUCACGGCUGAAUGAAAUCUAUCAGUACCAAGUGCAGACCCACUCGUUUGAUCCACAGUACUCACCUAGGACAACCAGUGUCACAGCUGACUUGAUCUGGCUUCCUGUUGCACCAGAUGACAGCUACUUGCUUAAUGAAUGUUUCACAGGUCACCCCACAGCUGUGUGUCGCACUAAGUCAUGUGGUCACUGCACCAGGGAGUGGUAUGAUGGGAUAACUGGAGAACCUCUCAAGUGUUCAGGCUGUGUGGACAAAACUGGUGUGGAGAGAUCUGAAGGUGAAACAUGGUCUGAUGGGCCUUGGUGCAGUUACAAGGGUCUGGUAGUUCUGUCUGGCAGUCAGUUCAAACACCCAGAUGACCCCUGCUCUACCUGCAUCUGUGACAGAGGCAACGUUGACUGUAAGGGGCCGGACUGUCCUGUCCUGGGGGACUGUCUGACUGUCAUACAGCCUGAGGGUCAGUGUUGUCCAGUGUGUAAUGAUUGUGGGGAUCGUGGGCAUGGAGACAAGUGGAAGCCAAGACCUUGUGUGGAUUGUGUCUGUGAUGCUGGCAGGGUCCAGUGUCAAGAGAUCCAGUGUGCAGCCAAGUGUGACAAUCCCUACACCCCACCAGGGGAAUGCUGUCCUGAAUGUUCUAGUGGGUAUCAGCUGACUCAGCAAUUUAUCUGCUUACAAGGUGUUUGUAUGGCUCUGGCAUCUACCAGGAUGGGGAUACCUUCUCCCCCCACCCCUGCACCUCCUGCAGGUGUGUCCGUGGCAGUGUCACCUGCACCACGGUUGACUGCCCACAGGUCAAGUGUGACCAUCCUGUCACACCUAAUGGAACGUGUUGUCCACUUUGUGGUCAAGACUGUGAAUAUGAAGGAAUCACCUAUAAAGACGGUGACAUAUUCCAACCCUCGUACAACCCAUGUAUCAACUGCAGCUGUAGGAACUCCAGAGUCAUGUGUUCAACAUUUCACUGUCAUCCUGCUAACCUCCCCUGCAAAUACCCCACUAGGAGACCCGGGGAAUGUUGUCCAUCUGUGUGCACAUCUUGUGUGGACCAGGGUAUUGAGCACAGGGAAGGGGAAACCUGGCCGUCACUCAUCUCUCCAUGUGACGUGUGUACGUGUCAAAGUUCAAAGGUCACAUGUCAACCCAAGCAAAAGUGCCCAGUCAGCUGUUCUCAUGGGGUGGUCAAACCUGGGGAAUGUUGCUCUCAGUGUACAGGCAAAUUGUCUGUAUGAAGGGCGGGUCAUCAAGCAGAAUGCCAGCAUCAGCUUCCACUCUGGUGACAUCUGCAGCACAUGUGGGUGUCUGGCUGGUCACAUGACCUGCAGGGAGUCGUAUCUGUCACAACUGUGUCCACGCCUGACCUGUGGCAGGACGGAGGUUCCAGAGGGGCAGUGCUGUCCUGUUUGUGCAAGUUGUCAGUUCAAAGGUCAAAGGUUUCAGGACGGAUCUGUGGUGUCACAAGAUGAAUGUUCGCAGUGCCUAUGUCAUGCUGGUGAGAUCAAAUGUGACUCCCAAAGAGAUCGCUGUCCCCCUAUCACCUGCAGACAACCAAAAAAUGUGGAGGGUCAGUGUUGUCCUGUGUGUGACACCUGUCUUUACCAUGGUGUGGACUACAAUCAAGGUGACAGGUUUACACCUGCAUCAGAUCUUUGCCAGAAAUGUCUUUGCCAGUCUGGUGCGGUCACAUGCACGUCUGUCAGAGGUGAUUGUCCAGCCGUGACCUGCACUCAUCCAUCUAGAAGAAAAGAUCAGUGCUGUCCCAGGUGUGACUCCUGUGUCUAUGAUGGGAACAAUGUCCGCAAUGGUCAGAGGUUUACAGGAAGUAAUGCCUGUGAAAUGUGUACAUGCAAGGAUGGGUCUGUCAGCUGCACCCAAGUUGUCUGCCCAAAGCCAAACUGUGCUCACCCUAAACCAGUACCAGGCCAGUGCUGCCCAGCAUGUCGGCAAGUCUGUGAUUUUGAAGGGAGGGAAUACAAAGAGGGGACACAAUUCCCUCACCCGAAGGUGGCUUGCACCAAAUGCACCUGUCAGAAUGAGACAGUAACAUGUGGAGAAGCUGCGUGUGAGAAAAUGGAGUGUUUACAUCCUGCCUUGUUGCCAGGAGACUGCUGCCCCAAGUGUGAUUUCUGUUUUUAUGAGAACCACAUUUUUAGGAACCAGCAAAGGUUUAUUAACCCCAGAGAUCUGUGUGAGGAAUGCUCUUGUGAUUUUGGGUCAGUGAUUUGUAAGCCUAUAGAGUGUGAGGUGCUACCAUGCUCUAACACCAUCCCUGUCCCUGGCUCCUGUUGUCCAGCCUGCCCCAAACGCUGCAUCUACGCUGAUUCAUUGUAUGAUGAUGGCGCAACUUUUGUCGACCCGCUAAACAAAUGUCAAGAUUGUCUUUGUGGACAGGGUAAUGUUACCUGCAAACGUAGAGCCUGUCGGCCUGUCUCAUGCAUUAAUCCUUAUGAUGAUGGCUGCUGUAAGGUCUGCUCAGAUUGUACCUAUGGAAUAUUUUUACUGAUUGAUGGGGAGACCAUCCCAGACCCCACUGACCCGUGCAGGGUGUGCACGUGUGAGAGGGGGUCGGUCAAGUGCAUCAGCGUGUCAUGUCCACCUGUUUCCUGUUCCAACCCGGCCUCGAGCGGCUGCUGUCCUGUAUGUGACCAGUGUGAAUAUAGAGGUGUGACGUACAAGAAUGGUGCGGAGAUUGCUGAUUAUGACAGAUGUAGAAGGUGUACCUGCCAGUCAGGAAACAUUGAGUGUCUACCCACCCCCUGCCCCACCCUGACCUGCCAGCACCCAGCCAGGGGCCAGUGCUGUAAGGAGUGUGUCAACUGCCUGUAUGACGGACAGGUGUACAAGAAUGGGGACAGGUUCCCCCACCCACAGAGUACCAGCAGCUGUAUGGAGUGUCUGUGUUCUGAAGGUAAUGUCACCUGCACGAAGAAACUGUGUCCACCUGUGACGUGCACCCACCCAGUUCAAGGUCAGUGCUGUAAGGAGUGCCGCAACUGUUUGUACAACGGCCAGACUGUGAGAGAUGGCGCUGUUGUUCCACAAGUCAAAGAGCCGUGUGGGGAAUGCCAGUGUCGCCAGGGCAGUAUGGUAUGCUACCCUAAACCGUGCCCUGCCCUGGGUAAGUGCAGGUACCCAAUAACAAGGGGCUGUUGUAAGGAGUGUACCGGCUGUCACAUCAAUGGGCAGGACUACAAGAGUGGGGAGAGGUUCACUGACCCAGCCUCCAACUGUAUCAACUGUGGUUGUGCUUAUGGUGAGGUCCUGUGCCAGCCCCGUGUAUGUCCCAAUGUGUCGUGUGAGCACCCAGUCCAAGGAGAAUGCUGCACGGAAUGUUCUAGCUGCAUGUACGAUGGUCGAAUCUUUGGCAACGGUCAGAAGUUCAGGCACCCGACAGACAGGUGUAGAGAAUGUACCUGUAUUGACGGAACAGUCAGGUGUACAGUGAAGGACUGCUCAGGGGCUGGGACCUGCCAACAUCCAGUCACCCUCCCAGGGGAGUGCUGUCCUGUGUGUGGGAAAGAUUGCCUCCACGAGGGGAGGGUUGUGUUGAAUGGUGAUCAAUACGAACGUAGGUGUCAGAUUUGUGCGUGUCGUGGCGGUAAUGUCCACUGCUCAGAUAAACCCUGCCCUCCUACUGAUUGCACCCACCCCAUCAUGGUAGGCUGCUGCCCUAAGUGCUCAGACUGUACAGAGAAUGGUGUAACAUACACAAAUGGGGCAGUAUUUGAUCAUAAUAAGGAUCCUUGUCAAAAGUGCAGUUGUGAGAAAGGAUCAGUCAAGUGCAGGGAUAAGCAGUGUGCUGUGGUCUCCUGUCAGAAUCCUUCACAAGAUGCCUGUGGGUGUCCUAUGUGUAGUGACUGCAAGUAUCAGGGGAGGCUAGUAGCCAAUGGACAGUCAUUUACAAACACAGCUAACCCCUGUCAGCAGUGUACAUGCAGUUUUGGGUCAGUGUCUUGUUGGACGACCUGCCCAGAAGUAUCCUGUGAGCACCCACUUGUGGACUCCUGCGGCUGUUCUGUCUGCACUGGAUGCAUGUAUCAGGGCAAUCAGCUGACCAAUGGUCAGAUGGUUUUAAAUCUUGAAGACCCCUGCAAGGAGUGUAAAUGCAGCCAAGGCACAGUCACCUGCUUGGAUAAAAGUUGUCCUGUAGUGUCCUGCCAAAGUCCUAUAGAGGACACCUGUGGGUGCCGUGUGUGUACAGGAUGUAACUAUAAUGGCAAUCAGCUGUCCAAUGGUCAAACCUUCCCAAGCCCUGUAGACUCAUGUAAACAAUGUACCUGCAGCUUUGGUACAGUGACUUGCACAAAGAAGCCGUGUCUUACUGCCAGGUGCAACCAUCCAUCUGAAGACAGCUGUGAGUGUCCUAAGUGUCUCAACUGUAGGUUUCAAGGGAAACAACUUGCCAAUGCUGAGUCAGUCCCAGAUUUGAGGGAUCCUUGUAAACUUUGUACUUGCAAUUAUGGUGAAGUGACUUGUGAUAAGAAAAAAUGCCCUAAAGCUGUCUGCCAGCACCCAUCAGAAGACCCAUGCGGCUGCCCUGUGUGUGGGGGUUGUGGGUAUCAAGGUAAACAGUUGGCUGAUGGUCAGUCCUUUCCUCACCAGGAGAACCCCUGUAAACUGUGUACAUGCAAUAGUGGUAAAGUAACCUGCACAACGAUCAGCUGUAGCGUGACCUGCAUGCACCCAGUUGCCACCCAUGGCUGCUGUCCCCAGUGUAACGACUGCUUGUAUGAGGGUCAGGUCAGGAUACAGAAUCAGGUGUUUGUGUCACAGUAUGAUCCCUGCAGGAGAUGUCAGUGUCAGCAAGGCACAGUCAAAUGUGAGACAACACAUUGUGCUGAUGCUCCCUGUGAUAGUCCUACACGUAUAGAGGGACAGUGUUGCCCUGUGUGCUCAAGCUGUGUUUUUCUGGGGUUGACUUACCAAGAGAAGCAACUCUUCACUCACCCAGAAGAUCCAUGCAGAUCAUGCACUUGUAUGGAAAUGUCACCUGUGAUAGGAAAAGGUGUGUUGUGGCAUGCAGUAAUCCACGUAGAGAAGCUGGUCAAUGCUGCCCAAGGUGUGAUGGCUGCUCUUUUGAGGGGCAUGUGUACAACAACCAUCAGCAGUUCCAUCCUGACCCAUGCAGGUCUUGUACUUGACGGCAAUAUUUACUGUGAACAAAAAAUGUGCCCAGUGUUAACAUGUGCUGAUAAAAUACAUGUGGAGGGUCGAUGCUGUGAGGUUUGCAGAGGAUGCACGUUCAAAGGGAUUCUGUAUGAAGAGAAUGAGACCUGGGUGGCCCCUGAUGACAGCUGUGUGACCUGCACAUGCCAGGCUGGCAAAGUGAACUGCACCACUCUACAGUGCUACACGCCUUGCUCUGAUCCCAUCAAAAAACCUGGACAGUGUUGUGGAGAAUGUCCUAGCUGUAGUCAUGAAGGACAUGUGUAUCAGGAAGGGGAGUCUUUUAUUCCUGCACGUGAUCCCUGCGGGUUUUGUGAGUGUGUGCAGGGUCGUUUGAAGUGCACACGGCGUGAACCAUGUUCAGUGUCAAUCACAUGUCCACCACCAAAGUUCAUUGGACCAGUCCCUAGGAUCUGCUGCACCCACUGUGUUGAGAGCUUCAGUGAGGGCUGUAACCCAGCAGAACAAGGGCAGAUCACCAGGCCUAGACCCAAUGACCCUUGUUUCUUUUGUGAAUGCACAGCAGACAACACCUGGUUUUGUAUGAAAGAAGAAUGUCCACCACUCAACUGUCCUCCUGAUGUCCAGGUACAUACACCUGGCCAAUGCUGCCCCAGUUGUCCAGCUUGUUUUGAUGAGCGUGACUCAUCGUACCACCAUGAAGGAACUCACUGGAGACCAGCCAAUGACCCAUGUAGACAUUGCUCUUGUAGGGGAGGACGUGUAACAUGUACCUCUAGACACUGUCGACCUCUGAGAUGUAGAAGCAAUGAGAGGGCAAUAACUCUUGAUGGACAGUGUUGCCAGAGUUGUCAGCCCUUAACAAAUCAAUCUUGUUUUUAUGAAGGAGUUGUUUAUGAGCCAGGACAGAACUGGACAGCUGAUGAGUGCACGACCUGCAGGUGUAAAGGUCCAGGUGUGGUGUGCAAGGUGCGCUCCUGUCCACAAGUUCCGUGUGGGGGUGGAGAGACACAUGUCACUGUACCUGGGCAGUGCUGCCCAGUCUGCAUGAAACGGCCAGCUACAUGUGUGGUGUUUGGUGAUCCUCACUACAAGACCUUUGAUGGGGCAGUGUUUCACUUCCACGGCACAUGUCAGUAUGUCAUGGCUUCUGACUGUGGGGAUGCUGCUCUCUUUAGAGUAGAUGUGAAACACAGCAAAAGACACACCCACCCCAAAGGAUCAUGGGUAAAAAGUUUGACCAUUUAUAUUGCUGGAGCAGUCAUUGAUUUACUGCAGGAUAGGAAAGUCAGGGUGAAUCAACAGCCAGUGAAAGUACCCUACUUAUACGAGCCCCACUUUUUGCUGGAGGUGUCCUCAAGGUCACUGCUGCUGACCACAGAACUUGGUCUCAGGGUAUUAUGGGAUGGCUCAGGUUAUGGGGAGGUCACUGUACCUGGUUCCUUCAUGCAAAACUUGUGUGGCCUGUGUGGAAAUUUCAAUGGCCUCCCCCAGGAUGACAUGAGAACGCGCUCCAGCCACAUAACUAACUCAUCCGCACAUUUCGGAAACAGCUGGAUUGUCAAAACAGAUGACAGCAACUGUGUAGAAGGACAAGAUGAUGACCCUUGUCUUGCCAUGGGCUACAGGUCCAGGAAGAUAGCAACAACUGAAUGUGCCAUCAUUAAGAGCGAGACGUUCAGCAAGUGCCACAAAGAUGUGGCCCCUGAACCCUAUUUUACUGCCUGUGUCCAUGACCUGUGUAUAUGCUCAGACAGUGCCCAUUGUUUAUGUGACAUUGUGUCUGCAUAUGCUCGAGAGUGUGCUAGGUCAGGGGUUAAGGUUAACUGGAGGUCAAGUGACUACUGUGCCUUUGAAUGUGAUGCCAGCAAGGGGUUUAUAUUUGACGAGUGUGGAUCAGCCUGCCCCAGAACGUGUGAGAGCAUCCAGACUUCAGGACAGAACCUGACAGAGACUUGCUUCAAGCCUUGUGUACCAGGCUGCCAGUGUCUGCCCAACCAAGUCCUACAUGACGGCAGGUGCAUCCACCCACCUGAAUGUCCUUACAUUCAAUCUAUUCCAGUUUUAUAAUUGAUAGAAACUUAGACUUCUACUCACACCAAAAAUAAUUAAUUAACUUAAUUUAUUUCACUGAUUGAAUAUUCAUCACUAGAUUCACACUUAGCUGUAGAUUUAGUGUAUCAAAUUUCUGUAUUACCAAAGAAUAUUAAUUUAUUUUAUCAUAAUUAUUUAUGCUUGAAUUUGGACUAAUUAGGUGAAAAUGUUGAUAUUUUUUUGCAAUUUUAACUAGAUUUUAAAAUUCCGAUGUGCCUGGACAUGUGUGAACAUAUGUUAUGACAGUAGAAUCAGUUCAAUUAAUUUUAAUUUAAUUCUCAUUUGGCUAUUUUUAGACUAAAGAAUAAUAGAGACAUGACUUUUAAUAAUUAUUUAUAGUUUUGUUGAGUUCCAGUGAAACAUGACAGUGCUUCAAGUAUUUAUUUGGUGUGAUGCUAAGGUUGCAAUUAUUGUUGUAUGCAUACUAUUCAUUGAUGUUACAUAUUAUACCUGUAAUGUUUAUAAUA